AUGCCCACCGAUGCGGCGGCUUUACCUACUCCACCAGACAUACCACCGUGGAAGGACAGCCGUCCUUACUCGGUGGGGGGCAACAUGCAUUCCAACGGCCAUGUCACCAGACCAGGCUUUAAUCCGAAUGGCGCUCUGCCAGGACCACAACCCAGAUUUCCCAGUAUCAAGGACCUGCAGGAUCAGGCCGCCCUAUUGAAGGUGAACGAGAACACGCCGAUUGACGUCCUACUACGAACCGCGGCUGCGGCUUUCGAACGAGCGAAGAUCCUCGCGGACGGCGACGACUCCGACAAGGCCUAUGUCCAGUACCUGCGCGCAUCGGAGAUCACCAUCAACAUCAUACCCCACCACCCCGAAUAUCGGACGAUACAGACCAGAAGCCCUGAAUUGUACAAGGAAUUUGCCGCGUUGAUGAUGGCGGUGCGAAGCAAACAAGCGACGAUGGAUGCGAUUAAACGGGAGAUUAUCGAGGACAACUUGAAUAGUAAUGUGCAGCCGACUGGAUCUUUCAUGUCGACUUCGCUGCCAGCCUCCAGCUCUCUGCGAGGUCGCGAGAAUCACGAGCCUACAAACACCUCUGUGAGAAUGCCGAGUCCAACACAGUUUCAACGGAUGCCCGAUUCUCAAGUGCAAGCCAAGAGGUUUUCCGUCCCCGCGGGGGAUUCUCUGGCCGAACGUUUUUCGAGAUUAAAAACCCCUCAGACUUGCGAUGGGUCAAACUCGAGUGUUGCUUCGUCCACAGUUCAGUCCACCGCGAGUCAAUUCUCUGCUUACACGACUAAUACACCUACCACAAACCAUGGCUCCCCCUACGGAUCACCGUCAAGGCGCCCACUGGGUCCUCGCAGCAUGGGGUCCUCGACCCAUGUCCCAUCGAUUCCUCCCAAGCUUCCACUAAACACUUCUAUGCCGCGCGCUCCCGACCCUGCUUAUAGUCCGAUCUACACGGUGCCCACACAGCCUCCUCCAAAUCCUCCCCGAACAUCAACUGAAAGCACGCGAUCAUUCAACCAGCGAUAUUCCCAGUUCACCAACUCUCCACAUGGGAGUCCAAGUCGCGGCCUCGACGAUCAUCCGUAUCGAUCACGAACUCCGAAUGGAGUCAACUCUAGGCGUGAGACACGGAGCAACUCUCCCGAUUUGCCCUAUAACACGCAUAUUACAGCCGAAAACUUGAUGGAUUACUUGCGAAAGUUCAACGUCUUGGUGAUUGACGUUCGUCCUCGAGACCAGUUCGACAAUGGUCACAUCUAUGCCAAGUCGAUCAUUUGCAUUGAGCCGGUUGUGCUGAAAGAAAACGUGUCGGCCGAAGAGCUUGAAGAACGCCUCGUCGUGUCCCCCGAAUAUGAACAGACAUUGUUCGAGCGGCGCAACGAAUUCGACCUUGUGGUAUACUAUGAUCAAAAGACGGCCUCUGUCAGCUAUCUCGCAGGAUCUCCUGUAGGAACGUCAGCGCCGCACUUGAGAGCGCUCCACGACACUCUGUACGAGUUCAAUGAGUACAAGCCAUUGAAGGCGGGUCGGCCGCCUGCACUUCUGCUUGGUGGACUAGACGCAUGGAUCGAUCUUCUUGGGCAGCAAUCACUGGCUACGUCUUCUACUGCUGCUGUCAUGGGAUCUCUCCAGGCCAAAAAGCCCGUCCCAAGGCCCGGCCGGCCCCUUGGUCGGGUUCCCACCAUGGCUAGUGCUAAUUCCAGCCUGGAGGUACGCAGGAGGAGGUUGCGCGAGUUCACACCGCUCAAUUCAGAAGAGCUGUCGGCAUGGUUAGAAAAGUCGAAGAAAGAAGAGAUCGACACCAGUCACUAUCUGGAGGAGGAACCGCUGGCCGAAGAGCCGCAGGAGGAGGGGGUUCACCCAGAGCCUACCAUCCCAUUUGUACACACUUAUGAAGCUUUCUUACGCCGCUUCCCCGAGCCACAUCAUAUCCAGCAGUCGAUGAUGCACCCAGAGUCUCGACCAUCUCCCCCGCCUAUGUCGAACUAUCCUGCUCCCGUUCCGGUCGCCCCUUCACGGCCACCUCCUGCGGUGCCUCGUCCUAGCUAUAGUGGUGUCUCCGACGGUCGCCACACCCAGCCCCAUCUGCAGCGACAAAACUCAGCAAACCGCGUUGCCUUGUACACGUCAAACUCAUAUCUCAGUCGUUUGAAGCUUCCACGAACUGGUCUGCACAAUUUCGGCGUCACUUGUUACAUGAAUUCCACCAUUCAGUGUCUCAGUGCGACUAGCAUGAUGAGCAAGUUCUUUAUCGAUGAUCGUUACCGAUAUUACGUGCAGAAGAAUUGGAAGGGCUCGCAAGGUGUGAUGCCGGGUUUGUAUGCCAAUCUCAUCCGGUCUCUAUGGAAAGGCGAUGUAGAAGUGAUCAUGCCUACUUCUUUCCGCAAUUUCUGCGGUCGCUUGAACCGGGAAUGGGCGAUUGAUAGACAACAAGAUGCAAAGGAAUUCUUCGAUUUUCUUGUGGACUGUUUGCAUGAAGAUCUCAACAUCAAUUGGCAGCGCAACCCCUUGCGGCCAUUGACCUUUUCCGAAGAAAUGCAACGAGAGCGAAUGCCUGUACAAAAAGUCUCAGGGAUUGAAUGGAAUCGUUAUUGCCAUCGGGAAGACUCGUUCAUCUCCUCACUCUUUGCCGGUCAGCACGCUAGUCGAUUGAAAUGCACCACGUGUCGCCAGACAUCGACCACCUACGAAGCGUUUUACAGUAUCAGCGUUGAGAUUCCACCCGACGGCACUGGUGAUAUCUAUCAAUGCCUCCGAAGCUACUGUCAAGAGGAGAUGCUCAGCGGUGAUGAGGUUUGGAAAUGUCCACACUGUAAAUGCGACCGCAUUGCGACCAAACAAAUCAUCAUCACGCGUGCCCCUCAGAUCCUAGUCGUCCAUUUCAAGCGCUUCUCUGCGUCUAAGACUCAGAGUGCGCGCAAGAUUCACACUCCGAUCGAGUUUCCCCUUUACGGACUCCGGAUGGAUGACUUUGUCGUUUCAUACCCAACCUCCGGCCCACCAGCCGAGUCCGGUACACCCGCUAUGAUGGGUUCGACCACGCCUCCAUUCACAUACGACGCCUUCGGGGUGUUGCGGCACAUCGGAUCGUCUAUGGGUAGUGGACACUAUAUCUCGCUGGUGCGCGACGCAGAACGGCAGUGCUGGCGGAGGUUUGACGACGAGCGGACCACUGAUUUUAACCCGCGAGACCUGCGGGCGCGCGACCGGCUGCAGAAUGAGCAGGCGUACAUUGUGUUUUAUGAGCGAGUUCCAGCGAAAUGA